GGUUUUCACAUAAAGAGAGGGCCUAUAAAAACAAAAGUCGUUGCCCUAAAACCGCUGCGUUAUCUAAGCGCGAAGCGGGACAAAGGGAAAACCCUUCAGGGCGUCCGCCUCAUCCCUCUCUCGGAGGCCGCCACUGACUUCUGCCGCUGCUGCUUCUCUUCUCUUCAUUUUUGGCCUUAUUGUCGUGCUUCUGGAGGAAAGGGUUUAGUAAUCCGGCGCGAGAAUGUCGGACGACGAGGCGCAGGAGGAGAAGUUGGAUCUCACUACCCCGGAGGUCGUCACCAAGUACAAGAGCGCUGCGGAGAUCGUUAACAAGGCACUCCACUUGGUUGUGUCGGAAUGCAAGCCUAAAGUGAAGAUUGUGGACCUAUGCGAGAAAGGAGAUGCUUUUAUCAGGGAGCAAACCGGGAACAUGUACAAGAACGUCAAGAAGAAGAUAGAAAGAGGGGUUGCAUUCCCAACAUGCAUAUCGGUCAACAAUACUGUGUGCCACUUCUCUCCUCUUGCAAGUGAUGAGACCACUUUGGAAGAAAAUGAUGUUGUUAAAAUUGACAUGGGAUGCCAUAUUGAUGGAUUCAUUGCUGUGGUAGCACAUACACAUGUUAUUCAAGACGGACCUGUUAAAGGGAGAGCUGCAGAUGUAGUUGCAGCUGCAAAUACUGCGGCAGAGGUUGCAUUGAGGCUUGUUAGGCCUGGGAAAAAGAAUAAGGAUGUUACAGAAGCUAUUCAAAAGGUUGCUGCCGCAUAUGAUUGCAAAAUUGUUGAAGGCGUGCUAAGUCACCAACUUAAGCAGUUUGUCAUUGAUGGGAACAAGGUUGUAAUAAGUGUUACCAAUCCAGAGAUGAGGGUUGAUGAUGUUGACUUUGAAGAAAAUGAAGUUUAUGCAGUGGAUAUAGUUGCUAGCACGGGCGAUGGGAAGCCUAAACUGCUGGACGAGAAGCAAACAACUAUUUAUAAGAGAGCCGUGGACAAAAACUACCACCUCAAAAUGAAAUCAUCAAGAUUCAUUUUUAGUGAAAUAAACCAAAAAUUUCCUAUACUGCCAUUCACUGCAAGAGCCUUGGAAGAGAAACGAGCUCGACUAGGACUUGUGGAGUGUGUAAAUCAUGACCUACUGCAGCCGUAUCCUGUUCUUCAUGAAAAGCCUGGAGAUCUCGUUGCUCAUAUCAAGUUCACUGUCUUAUUAAUGCCCAAUGGAUCAGAUAGGAUCACUUCACACGCUCUGCAGGAGUUGCAACCCACAAAAUCAAUAGAAGAUGAUCAAGAAAUCAAGACAUGGUUAUCAUUGGGAACAAAGACCAAGAAGAAAGGAGGUGGAAAGAAGAAGAAAGCAAGCAAGAAGGGGGACCCCAUGGAAGCUGAAUGUGCAGAUGGCGCCUCAAAUGGUGCCACCAAUCAGGAUGCAUCUGAAGCAUAAGGAUUCCAGUUUUAGUUUUUCUUCUUUCCUUUUUGGUUGUCUAAUAUAUACCUUGAUUACCACACGAACAUUAUGACGUUUCCAACAGAAAUCGGUGAGCUGGUAAUUGUAAGAGUCGCAUUUUCUUCU